CUUUCACUUUCUUACAUUUCUGGUGAAAAAAAAAUGCAAACAGCACAAAACCAAAAAUAGAAAUUAAAAGAAAAAAAGAAAAAGAAAAAGAAAAAUGUUGGUCUUAUUUUUCCUCACUCAGGCCCUGGAUUUUCUUCUCCUAUACACCUUCACCACCAUUUCCACCACCUAUUUUCUCUCUUCUUGAAAACCCUAAUUCAAACGUCGCCGUUUCGUCUCUGAGUGCUCCACAGGAUCAGGAGCCGAAGCGUUGGGAUGGAAGAAUAUGAUGGUGAUGAGUUGAAUUUCCAUUUCCUGAUGUCAGAACAAAGCAUCACCACCUUGGCUAGGGCAUCGUAGGGUUUGUUGAGAAUCUUGUAGUUUUUUUUUUUUUUUUGCUUCAAAUUUUUUGUUUGAUCGCUGAUGUGGAGUCGGUUUGCGAGUUAGAUCGGCAAAUAAGAGAGAAAUGUUUGAUUGUGAAUAGAUUUGGAAUUUAAUUCUGGAGAUUUAUUAAUUGUUUUCUGGGAAGCAUUGAAUUGGAUUUACUAGAGGAGUAUGGAGAACGUGUGUGAUGUUAAUCAUUUGGAUGCUGAUGUUCUUUUGCCUCCUCGGAAGCGUCUUCUUGCUGGAUUGAAAAAACAGAGUUCAGAUGGUGAUGCUGCCGCAUCGCCAUCACCAUCUUUGGUUGUUGCUUCGUGUGUUACAGUUUCCGAGGCUGCUUCCUCAUCCCCAUCUUCCUAUUCCGGUGAGUUUGAAGCCAGGCUUAAGAAUUUGUUGGGUUCUCGUUCGAAUAACCCUAACCUUACCCCUGAGGAGGUUGUUGAGGCUUCAAAAGCUGCAGCAGUUACUGCAGCUAAAGCUGCAAAGGCUGCAAGAGCUGCGGCUGAAGAAAAGGCUGAGAUUGCAGCAAAGGCAGUUGCAGCUGCCAAGAGGGCUUUGGAUUUGGUUGCCUCUUUCUCUGAAGAGGCAGUGAGCAGCAAGGAAAGAAAUCUGAAGAAGAAUAAGCUCAAGAAGCAUCUCCCAGUUCAUCUGUUGUAUAAAAAAUACCAACCAAUUGAAAAUUGUGGGACGGAUGAAGAAUUGGCCCGGAAGUUGCAUCGAGCCAUGAACAGUUCUCCUAGAAUCUCAAAGCAUUCUCCAAAUUCAGACUCAAAAGGAAGUAAACACAAGAAGCCUAAGAACUCUUCGAGUUUUGAAAUGACUGAGGUUUCUGAUGCCCGCGUGGCAUUGGGGCAGGAUUGCUUAUCUUUGAACAAUGGGCAUGCAGUGAUGGGAAAGGUUGAUUCUGAAGACUCCAUCCAAGAAGUGUGCUCAAGCAAGGAAGAUAAGAAGGGAUACAGAUAUGAUAGAUCUAGCCAAAUGGAGAGACAAAAUGGGGAAGCAGAGUCAAGCCAGUCAAAGGAGAAAAACUCAGAAGAUUUGUCUCCCGUGGGUAAGAAGAGAGGGAGGGUGAAGCUAAAGAAGUUGCCCUUGAGCAUUUGCACCUCAAAAGAUAGGGCACAGCCAAAGGAAGGCGUGAGAGCUAGAAAUGCUUCAUUGAGUGAGAUGCACACUAGCAAUCAUCCUGUUAGUAAUAUACCUUUGUUUCCGAUGGAGCCAUCGACUGAAAGAGUGAUGCCAAUUGAAGCUACAUCAACAUGCAAAUGCCAGGAGUUCAAAGCACCGGCUUGUAUCAAACAAAAUAAAGCUGUGCAAUCAUAAUAUUCAGAUUAAAUUGAGAUGACUGGGGGCUAGAACUACCAUUACAGAAGUUGAUAGCUGAGGUAGAAAUCAUCAAGUUUUUUUUACAUAUAUGGCCUUUUUCUUUUUCUUUUUCUUUUUUCUUCACCUUUGGUUUUGUAAUGAAUUUGCACUGACUAAAUGUAAAUUUAGAAUUUUAGUUGCUUGUAUUACUUCUUUCGGUUUAAAAGUGGUGUUUCAGGUUAAUUGACGGCAAAGCUUGAGUUUAGAUAGGAAGAUGCCAUGAAUUGAACAGCUUUUCCAUUGUGCUGCUUAUUCGAUCCCACUUUUGUAUUGAGAAUUUGAGAAUAAAAAGAGAAAACCCGUUGGUCUUCUAUUUAUGCUUUUA